UUGAGGGCGAAGAGUGUUUGUCUGACGCAACAUCCGAGGUCCCAACAUGCUCGGAACACACGUAGCGCUGAUUCCUUACGUUGUCGAUUUUCCGAUAAACAAUACUUUCAUAAACAGCCUUCAUCUGGUCAAAUCAAACGACCCCCUAAAGUCAGUAACGUCGUUGUCAAGGGACAGAAAAGGAAAGUCAUCGAAAAAAUACCGUACAAUGUAUCUAUUCAAAAUUUAUCUAUACCUAUUUACGCUGACAACCCUGAUUCCAAACAUUCAACCUCCGAUAUUAAUAAUGUUAAGCAUCCGACAAAAUUAAUCGAUAAUAGAAAUAAGUAUUCUAAUCUUAAACAGGCGGGUGAGAAGAAACUGUGUCACACUGUAUGCAGGAAAGAGACGGAAAACAAGCUGCUGUUGCAGAUAAGUGAAGCCGAACAAGUUACAGACUUUGAAAGGAUUCUUAAUUCUAAUGCAAUACUGUGGCAGCGCGCCCGCGGGCUCGUGUGGCGAGGAAGCGUUGCCGCUCACUCUCCUUCAGCUUCUUUGCUUCCAAGACCACGGUCUCUUUACUCACUGAGAACCGUCAGUCAGGCUUAUCAGAAACUAUUUCGUCAGCACGAGGAAUCUCUCCAACAGCUCAUCGAUAAAUACCGGCAAGAAACUGCCGAUGAACGUAACAAAGCAACCACGAGCUUACUAGAAAACAAUUGGUACGAAAAUCUUCAAGGACUGUCGGAGUUUUAUGAAGACGAUCAAUUAUUACAGAAAGAAAUCGCGACGAUCACUGAUCGUAUAAUAGCGGAGGAAAUUCGUGGAACAAAUGAACAAACAACAACCAGAAGCAACUUUAGCGUUAACUUGGCUGGUUUGAUAGAUUUACAGGUGAACGGGGAAGGUGUAUCACCCACCUUCCGCGACGACCUCGGUCCUUCUCCGGAUGUGGAGCGCGAAGGUUGUGACGAUAAGGAAUGGCCGGCUCCGAGUAUGAGCGCAAACUCCGAUAAAAGAUAUUUACAGAACGUAUCGGACCUCGACUGUCUGGUGGAAAAUUUGAACACAAUCCAGAUCGUUAGCGAUGCAAAUGUACCGACAAUAACGUUCAGCAAUUGUUGUGAGGCUCGCUCUCAACUGGACGUUCCUAACAAUACAGAAGUCGUCAUUCAUCUCACCGUACCUUCUAUUGAUAGCAUUCAAGAGGCGCGGCCGCCUAUGAUGUGA